GGAAAAGUUCAAGGCGAACAUCACCUUUCUGUCGGGCUCGCUAUCAAGAUCAAUAGCUGAUGAUCUCAACCUCCUCGCACGCGUCGCUUUUCCAGAGGCCGAUUCCGUAAUGCGUCAACUCAUCCCCUCAGUAGCGAAACUCCGACAUGACACUGCAGACUCCAAGGCAAACCUCGCAGCCACUCGGCUCGAGCUAGCCCAGGAAGCGGCCGACGUGCAUGCGAUGCAGCGCAAAGUGAUCGAGACCAGUAUCCGCAUCCUCGAACAGACCAUUCACGGAUCCGUCUCGCGCAAUACCAAAGCGAAAGCCGAUUAUCUUGCGACUUUCGCCGAAGGCAUGAACAAGAAGCUUCAACUGCAGCAUAACCAGCUCUUGAACACCGCCUAUGCACCGGAGAUGCAGGAAGCGCUGGAGACACGCACCACACAGCUUGAGCGCGAGAAACUGAUACUCCAGCGCAAGGUGCGGGAGGCGAACGAACGGCUUGCCGAAUAUACGCGAUCGAAACCACUCUCCGAGCUGGGACGGGAUUAUGCUGACAUUCGAGCGGAGAUUGAGAAAGUUCGGCAGGAUUUGACGAAGCUGGGCAUAUCGUGAAGGAUGAUUCCGAGCGAAGAUUACUUCGUGCGGUGGAGUACCCUCGCGGCUCCAGCAGUCAACCUGAACUUUGCAAUUUCCCGGCUCAUUCAAAAAUCGGUGACUCUUCCAUUG